AUGAAAGAACCACUGAUGAAAACAUCUACUGAUCGAGAAGGACGAUUUGUAAUUUCUGGAAGUUUAAAAACUGAUACAUUUGAUCCGUCUCUUCGAAUAAACCAUAAAUGUCGAUCCAAGAUUUGUACAAGAAAAGUGGUCCUUCCUAUUCCUAGCAAAUACCGAAAUGAGGGAACGGUUGUUCGCGAGUUUUACGAUCUCGGUAUUAUUGAUAUGAAAAGAAAGUUUGUUACUGAAAGUAAGAUGUGUCCAACUUGA